GUUUGUAAGAGAGAGAGACCAAAAGGGCAGAGCUGUGAGCUCUGUGAGAGAGAGAAGUGUUCGAGCAAUGGCCUCAAUGACCCUUUCCUUUUGCUCAUCUCUCGCAGCCCAUUGCAGAAUCUGUCCAAAGCAAUGCUCAUCGCCAACACUCUCUUUCUCUAACAAUACCAAUCUCAGCUUUCUCUCCGUCUCUUCCCCCAAACUCUCUUUCUCUUCUUCUUCUCCCACAUAUCGUCUUCUCCCCAAGUCCUCUGAAUCAGGAGCAGCUGUGCUCGAUUCCGUGGCCGACCCGCCGGAGCCUGAAGCUGUGGAAAUCGUUGAAACCUCCGCAGAAGAAGUCUCCAAGCGUGAGGAAGUGUUCGCUGUCGUCAUGGUAGGAUCACGCCAAUACAUCGUUUUUCCUGGUCGGUUUAUUUAUACUCAGAGGCUUAAAGGUGCUGAUGUCAACGAUAAGAUCAUCCUGAACAAGGUGUUGCUCGUUGGAACCAGAACAAGUACCUACAUCGGAAAACCAGUGGUGACUGAUGCUGCCGUACAUGCUGUAGUUGAAGAGCAGGGUAAAGAUAGCAAAGUAAUUGUCUUCAAGUAUAAGAAGAAGAAAAACUAUAGGAGGAAGAUUGGUCAUCGACAACCAAAUACAAGGAUAAGGAUAACAGGGAUCACAGGCUAUCAGGACUAUCCUGCAGUUACGCUUGAUUCAUAGGAUUUCUUGGCGAGGUUGAGUGUAUACUGAAGAUUGAUCUGAAUGUUUUGUGAAGGAGGUUUUCUUCCCUCAUUUUGUAUGUAAUUUCCUUUCUAGGGUGCUUUUGAGAUUGAAUUAUGAACUCCGGUGAUUAAUUAUGAAAAUUACUUGUGCUAAAUUAAUCAUUCAAUUAGAAUGCAUUUUGAAAGUC